AUGGUGGCCGUGCCAGAUGUGGGGAGCCAUCCUGAAUGGUGGCAGUUGCCGCACUGGGAAAAAAUCCAGAAGGAUGGUCAACCACCCUGGGGCAGUGAAGCGCCACUGGUUUACCAGACAGCCGAGAUCCAGCCCUAUGGGAACUGGACCCGGGUGGACCCCCAGACCCCCGAACUUCCUAAGCCCCUGGCCCUCCCCGGCGAUCCCCCUGCUGACCCCACGGAUGUCCUGGUGUUCCUCGCUGACCACUUGGCCGAACAGCUGACCCUGCUAGAUGCGGAGCUAUUUCUCAAUCUGGUCCCCUCUCAGUGCCUGGGGGGCUUGUGGGGUCACAGAGACCGGCCAGGACAUUCCCACCUCUGCCCAUCUGUCCGGGCUACUGUCAUACAGUUCAACAAGGUGGCAGGGGCAGUGGUCAGCUCUGUCCUGGGGGCUACCUCAACUGGAGAGGGGCCUGGGGAGGUGACCAUACGGCCACUCCGUCCCCCCCAGAGGGCCCGGCUGCUGGAGAAGUGGAUCCGUGUGGCAGAGGAGUGCCGUCUACUCCGAAACUUCUCUUCAAUGUAUGCUGUGGUGUCGGCCCUGCAAUCCAGCCCCAUCCACAGGCUUCCGGCAGCUUGGGGGGAAGCAGCCAGGGACAGCCUCAGAGUCUUUUCCAGCCUCUGCCAGAUUUUCUCCGAGGAGGAUAAUUAUUCCCAGAGCCGGGAGCUCCUCCUGCAGGAGGUAAAGCUGCAGCCUUCUCUGGAGACAAAUUCCAAGAAGUCCCCGAGGUCUGGCUCCCGGGGUGGGGGUGUGGUCCCAUACCUUGGCACCUUCUUGAAGGACCUCGUGAUGCUGGACGCAGCCUCCAAGGAUGAGCUGGAGAACGGAUACAUCAAUUUUGACAAGCGGAGGAAGGAGUAUGCUGUCCUUUCUGAGCUGAGGCAGCUCCAGAACAAAUGUCGUGGCUAUGACCUCCGACCUGACCCCGAUAUCCAGCGGUGGCUACAGGGGCUCCGGCCACUGACAGAGGCCCAGAGCCAUCAAGUGUCCUGUGAGGUGGAGCCAUCCAGUACCAGUGACCCUCCUGCCCCGCGGGUGCUUCGGCCAAUGCUGGUCAUCUCGCAGUGGACAGAGGUGCUGGGUUCUGUUGGAGGUCCCACACCCCUUGUCUCCUGGGACUGGCCCAGUGUGGGGGCAGAGGAGGUGCCUGGAACCCCCGCUCCACUGCUGACCCGGCUGGCCCAGCACAUGAAGUGGCCAUCUGUCUCAUCUCUGGACUCCGCCCUGGAAAGCACUCCAGCCCUGCAGAGUCCCGCUGACCCCAGCCACCUCUCUCACCCAGCUUCCUCCCCGAGGCCUUCUCGAGGUCACCACCGCUCAGCCUCCUAUGGCUCCCCGCUCAGUGGGGGUGCAGAAGGGGCCUCCAGGGGGGCUGGGCCCGGGGUCUCUGAUUGCCACAUCAUCCGAGUCCAGAUGAAGCUGGGGGAAGACGGCAGUGUCUACAAGAGCAUCUUGAUGACAAGCCAGGACAAGUCUCCAAGUGUCAUCAGUCAUGUCCUUAAGAAAAACAGUGAUUCUGCAGUGGCUUCAGAGUAUGAGCUAGUGCAGCUGCUCCCAGGGGAGCGAGAGCUGACCAUCCCCCCCUUGGCCAAUGUCUUCUACGCUAUGGAUGGAGCUUCACUCGAUUUUCUCCUGAGGCAGCAGCGACGGCCCUCCACUGCUACACUGGGCCGCGCCAGUGGCCCUUCUGCCUCGGGAACUCCCCCAAGUGAGGGAGGAGGGGGUUCUUUUCCCAGGGUCAAGGCCACAGGGAGGAAGAUUGCCCGAGCACUGUUCUGAGGAGGAAGCCCUGUUGGCUCCUAGAACUCAUGG